CUCCCCUUCCACGGAUGCUCCGGCGGGGCAGCGCUGCCCUGCGUGGACAGAUGGGCGCCCCCCGGGCCUGACGGACGAGCAGCCGGGCACGUGAACUCCCGCCUCCAAUUUAGCUCUGUGCCCCGCGCCGGCGGCUGUGGCUGCAGCCCCGCGGUGGGGGCGGCCCCCGCGGUCUCCGCUUGGCUCCUGCGCGCCGCCUCUGCUCUUUGCAUAGUAAUUUCAGUUCCUGCAAGCACCCAGCUCGCUCCCGGAACAGGUCUGAGAAGGACCGCCGCUCCCGAGCACACCGGAGCCAUCCGUGUGGCGCUGAGAGCCACUGCUUGGGAUAUGCGACGGGAAGCCCCCGCCACAGCGCAGGCAGUGACCCCGCCACGCUGGGGAGAGCCGGGCGACAGCAGAUUGACCCUUCAGAGGGCCCCUCUCUGACUGUGUCUUCGCGCUGAGCUACGACUGCUUCCCAGUGGGAGCAUACUCAGGGAACAGCUCUGAGGGUUUCCUGAAAAGAAAUUCCAUGGGGACUGUACCUGACCCUCUAAGAUCAGCUACAACUUCCCUGAUUGCAGCUUCUGGAAAAGAAGAGGUGCCAGCUGUCUCACCUCCGCCUCAAUCAGCCCUCCUGUGCGAGAACACCAAUGGCCUUUCAGACGCUCCUGCAGAACCAGACCUCAGCCCCAGGGCAGCUACCAAGGCCCUGAUGCACGCCUGUGAGCAUGAGACCACCCAGCCAGACAUGUCUUCUCCUGGCAUCUUCAAUGAGGUGGAGAAGGCAUCUCCCACACUCAACUCUCCUGGCAAUACCCUGCUGCCGGGAAGCAGCGAGCCCACAGCCCCAGGCCCGCAUUCUGCAGCAGGAAAGGAUCUUAUAAACACAGCAUUUAUAAUGCCAGCCACUCAACACACCCACCAGGCCAUCCCAGGUGACCAGCCCAAUGCCAGCCCCUCAUCAGGACCUGAAGAUAUGCUGGUGAAAUCACAGGGAACCUCAGAUGGAGAGCAACCUGAGAAGUCAACUUGUCCUGUGGGAGGCACCCUUAGCAGCAGCAACGAUCAAGUGCCCUGUGAUUUUCCUUCCCAAGAAACAAUCCAGGGAGCAGUGCACACUGCAAAGGCAGCCACCAAGGCGUUCAGUCACGCACCUUCUCCAGAAGGGCAGAGGCAGCCAGCUGUCUGCGGCUCCCAGGCCAGGUCCUGCGAAUCUCCAGCAAGAGAAGAUGGAUGUUCAGGGACCAAACAGCCCUCUGCCACUGCCUCAGACGCCCAGCCCGUGACUUCUGUGACGCCUCCACCAUCUCACCUCACUAGCAAAGGUUCCUUUCCUGCAGAUCCGGAGAAGGUGCUGCUGCCAGCACAGCACCAGGCAUCAAGGUUCAAAGAAGCGGGCACCAUGACCAGCCAAGGUGAGGAGGGUGAGAUCAGGGAGGUUCCCAGCAGGGCUCGGCAAGAUGCUGAGGUGCAGGCAGUGGCGAGUGUCGAGAGCAGGUCGGUCUCCACCAGCCCCAGCAUCCUCACUGCACUCCUGAAGGAAACGCCCGCUCCUGAGCGUUUCGAACAGCAAGAGCAGCUGCGUGUCAUUUGCCACGGCCGCGGCAGCGGGAGCCACACGUUGGAGCUAUCUGACAACACCGUAGCCCCCGAGGAGUCGGGUCAGUGCCCCAGCAUGAUGCCAGAGGUGCGCAUCCAGGCUGCUGCGGCUGUUUCCACAGCUUUCCAAGGAGAAAGUCAAUCAGUGAGCCCAUCGGCUGAGGUCCUUAAAACCUCAUCCACCCUUGUGGCAUCCAGUAAGGCCCAGGAUACGGGUAAAGAAGAUGGGAGGUCAGCAGGAGUGACCCCAGUGAGGGAAGAGCCCACCUCUAAACAGCUUUCGGGAACUAAUUCUAGCUCCCUGAAAGCUAGCCCCACGGACCAGAUUUCUCUCAGUGGGGACAAUCAAGCUGAAACGAGUCGUGGCUUAGGGAAACCUGAAACCAAGUCGUCCGAGUUUGCAGUGAAAACCACAAAUGACCACAAAACAGACCCAGAUUGCAAAUUCGCCGGCUCUUGUGGCCCUGCCAGCAAAGCUGACCCGUCUGGGAGCUUGGAUCCCAAUAAUAAAGGAGAUGCGAGAGAAAAGAAGCCUGCGUCCCCUCAGAUAGUAAAAGAACAAGAAUCUAGCGGCACCGAUGUCCUCGAUGCAAGAGCAAAGGCAGAGGGCAAAACCCUACUGCUCAACCCUAGAUCUCAAGAAAGUGGAGGCACGGGAUCAGCUGCCAGCCCCACCCCAUCCCCAGUUAGAAGGAACCAGGAGGGCGCCGUGGAAGAAAGCAGACAGACCAAGACAACCGCCAGCCUGAGCCUGCCGUCUGAUUCCCUGGGCGACUCCAGUCCAAGUUCUGGCAAGAAGACCCCUUCUCGCUCGGUCAAAGCCAGCCCGCGCCGCGGCAGCCGGGUCAGCGAGUUCCUCAAGGAGCAGAAGCUCAACGUGACCGCGGCUGCGGCUCAGGUGGGACUCACGCCCGGGGAGAAGAAAAAGCAGCUCGGUGCCGACGCCAAGCUCCAGCUGAAGCAGUCCAAGCGUGUCAGGGACGUCGUGUGGGAUGAGCAGGGCAUGACCUGGGAAGUGUACGGCGCCUCGCUGGACCCCGAGUCCCUGGGGAUCGCCAUCCAGAACCAUUUACAAAGACAAAUCAGAGAACACGAGAAAUUAGUCAAAGCUCAAAACAGCCAGACCCGGAGAUCCAUUUCCUCAGAUGCUUCUUCAAAUAAAAAGCUCAAAGGAAGGCAGCACAGCGUUUUCCAGUCCAUGCUGCAGAACUUCCGUCGCCCCAACUGCUGUGUUCGUCCCGCCCCUUCUUCUGUGUUAGAUUGAAAAGAACGUGUGUGGAGCCCUUGUAUGCAUUUUCGGUCUUCGUGGGUGUUGGUCUCUGUCAAAGCUUAGGUAGGUUUUUUUCUGAGACCAGGAAGAGAAAGCAAGUAUUAACUAUAGGAAAUUGCUAUUGAGAACUAUGGGGUCCCUUGAUUGGGCCUCCAUAAAUAAAAAUAUCAUUUCAAUUAGAAAGAACUAGAGAAGAGAAGCAAGUUUCACUGAGGGUUUAUGACCUUAAUUAAGAGGAAACAAUAUUCACUGGGUUUUUUAAUAUGGUGUGGCUUGUAAAACUAUCAUAAUCGUUAUACAUGUGUCAUUUUGUAUUACUGCCUCAAUUUAUCACACUGUGGUGUUUCCAUUAAGGUCCCUGCUUUAUAUUAAAAAUAGUAAUAACACUAUUAGCAAAAACACUGUUAUACUUUCUAGUCCUGUUGCAAUAAGAAUGCUGUUACCACAUAAAAUUUAAGUAGAUGAUAAGAACUAUAAUGUAAAAAGUUGAAACAAAUCUGACUCAGAUGAUAUUCAGUAAAAGCAUUUAAAUGCAUAAAAUAGCAAAUAUGAAUUAAUAUUUGUAAACAUCUGUAGAGAACCCUUUUUAUAAACGUUGUUAUACCUGUUAAUAAAUGUAAGAAAGUUAUAUUAGGAAAAUUAGCUAAGCUUUUGACUGCCCACAUAAAACAUGAAUUUAUUUAUAUAGGUUUUCCUGCACUGAAGGCGAGGUGCAUCUCUGUGAUUAUGACCAGAUUAAAUCCAUAUUUCCUUACCCGAGAGGAAGGACAGGCCACUGAAUUCUUGAAGAGAUCAUCGAAUUAUUGAUAAUGCUAAAUUUUUACGGAGGUGUUCUCCACUGACAUUCUACUGAGAAUGUUAAGGUUCUGGUGAGGAAUCAUAAAUAGCCAAUUACCAAACACUCUUUUUUCUGUGUUGAAAAAACGAAAGCAUCCUGAGUAACAAAAACAGUAUGUUUAAUUUAGACUUGUAAACAGGAUGUAGUUUUUCUCUUGCUUUGGUUCAGUAGCUUCUAAUAGAAAAUGAAGUCAGCACCAAGUAGGACAUGAGCUUUCUCACAGUUUUUGUGUGUAGACUGGGGCCCCCUGAUUGCUUAAGUUUCUAAUCUGUGGUAAAAAGGUAACCUCUGCAGCCUUAUUGAUUUUAAGAGAAAUACCAUCGGAUCUCAUCCUCUGAUCCCAAUAAAAGGAGAGGCCUUUCCUAGAGCACAGUUUGAGCUUUGGGUGACCUAUGGCCCUUGAGAGCCCUCACCUGUCUCUGCAAGAGGAGCAUGUCCCUGGGACCUGCGAGUGUCUUGCAGGGCACCAGCUGGGAUGACCAGCAGUGGCUUGAGGGUUGGGUACUGUGAAGAGGAGCGUGAGCCAGGGCCCGGGAGCGCCUCCCCUCCUGGAGUCACCAAAGGAGAGCGCUGGUCUCCACCUUGUAUUUAGAAAAUCAGACCGUUGGACGUUGGAGGGGUGCUGGUUGCCUUCUCUGGACUCAUUCCCCUCGAUGAGCCAGAAGAGAGUGUCCGGCCAUCUAUUCUCUCUCCAGAGACUCAUAAAUGCCAUUUGUGCUGUAAAUUCCCAAUCUCUGCUUUGGCUUUUUUUUUUUUUUUUUUUCAUUUUAAUUCUCUUUUGCAGACUCUGAACAUAUGAGGGAAAAUCAUACCUGAACUUCAACACCACAAGCUACACUGAACACAACCUACAUUAGUUAAUAGCCAUUGAUGUCUUUCAAAGCAAUUGGACUGUACAUGAAGCCUGCAUACGUAGACCCUGGUCACAGCAUUCUCAGAGCCUGACAACGUAAUUACAGUUGUUAUACUUGGAACUUAUAGUGAAUUUUUUAAUUAGGCACAUUUUUCAGUUUUUUAUCAAUUGGCCUCUAUUAAGAAUGCUGUCUAAAGUAGAAAUUAUCAUCUAAUUAGCAAUCAGAUGACUAUUAAUGAUUAGAGAUCUAGUCUAAAACUCUCUCUUUUGGCCUUAAAUACCCAUUUGUAUUGUUGGUGUUCGUGGCGCGUCUGUGGGAGAUGCCUUUGCCAUCUCUCGCUCACUGCCUACUUCCCUUACCCGUUGGCAUACGUGCCGUGCAUACACAGAGAACACCCUGUGUACACAGUAGCAGCUGUCAACAGUACCCACUCCAGAUGGGUGGGCCCCAGGUUGUCCUCUGCUGGGAAGUGGCUAGCACAGGCUGUUCCUGCAUUAAAAGAGGAGAAAAGGAAGAAUUCAGCAUCUGGUAAUAAUAUUUAUUUUCAUGAGUUUGGAGUAAUCACAUGAUUUAUAAAUAGUUCAGUGAAGCAGAGGCCUAAGAGAGUUGUAGGCAUUUGUCAAAUAUUAACUUAAUUAGUUAAUUUAAUUUAAACUAAAUUUGGUGUUGUCGUUGUGCCUCUCAAAUUGAAACUUACUGUUUGAUGUAGUAACUCUAACUGGUUUUCUUUGGUGCUGGAACUAACCUUUACUUCUUAAUCUUUAUUUUUUACCUUUAGUCUUUACUUCUACCACACUCUAAAGAUUGUCACAAAAUAUUACAAAAGCUUUCUUGUUGCUAUUGAAUCUCCUAAAAAGAACAGCUUUU